AUGGCUUCUUCCGAACCAGAGCUGGAAGUGAGUCGCUUGCCAGCCUUGGGAUAUGAAGCGGCAGAAGCAACAGCAAAAGGAGAAGAGAGAAAGUCUGAAGGAAUUGACACAAUUGACCAGAGGAACGGAGUAGUCGAGCUGGAGACGCCAGCGGUAGAGGAUAUGGUAGUGGAUGGUAAAUCAGUGAGGGCGACUUCGCUUUGUGAAGAGGAAAGGGGAAGUGUCUGCUGUGCAGCGAGGCAGCGUACCAGUUUAUACUCCACCGCUGUGAAAGUUCCUAUCAAUAAACGUCGAGGCUUCUUAGGACGUCUCACGCUGCUGCCAGAGGUUGAAGACCCAAAAAAAUACCCUCGUAAAACGAAAUGGCUGAUCACAAUGAUUAUCGCCCUUGCAGCCGCGGGGGCGCCUAUCAGCAGUGCUAUAUUUUUCCCUUCCCUUGGCGAAAUUGCGUCUUCACUCCACACAACCCCCACUGUCACCAACCUUUCUGUUGCGCUAUACAUGCUGAGCAUGGCUAUAUUCCCUUUGUGGUGGUCCUCGUUCAGUGAAACCUUCGGUCGUCGCUCAAUAUACAUCAUUUCAUUCAUUCUAUUCGCCGUAUUCAAUAUCCUAUCCGCCAUAGCGACCACUAUAGAAAUGCUUAUUGUCAUGAGGCUAUUAAGUGGAGGAGCCGCAGCUUCAGUUCAGGCAAUUGGGGCGGGAACAAUUUCAGACAUUUGGGAAUCACGAGAGAGAGGUCAAGCAAUGGGUAUUUUCUACCUGGGACCGCUCUGCGGACCUUUGCUCGCCCCAAUCAUUGGUGGCAUAAUGUCGCAGGCCUGGGGUUGGAGGAGCACACAGUGGUGUGUGACCAUUUACGGAGGAGCUGCGCUAGUCAUGAUCCUUUUUGGGCUCCCAGAGACCCUGGUUGUGCGAAGGAACCUAACGGCUGAGGUAGAACCAGAGGUUGAGUUGAUUCGUCCUCUCAGCCGGGUAUCUACACGACAAGUUGUUCAAAGCACUGCCAGAUGGCUAAAGAUCAGCAAAAUCGCUAUCAUUGAUCCACUUAAGAUCUUGCUUUUCCUACGCUUUCCGGCCGUUCUUUUGACUGUGCUCUAUGCCAGCAUCACAUUUGCGUCAUUAUAUGUGCUGAACAUCAGUAUUCAAUCUACUUUCAGCAAGGCGCCGUAUAACUUCUCGACAUUGAUUGUUGGAUUACUGUAUAUUUCGCAUUCAGUUGGUUAUAUAAUUUCCAGUGUCGUCGGCGGUAUGUGGAUGGACUCUAUAAUGCAACGUGAGGCCAAAAAAGCGAAUAGGGUGGAUGAGAGCGGAAUUCUCAUCUGCCGCCCAGAGGAUAGGAUGCGAGAGAAUGCUUGGCUUGCUGCUUUCAUCUAUCCAGCAGGUAUUCUCUGGUAUGGCUGGUCCGCAGAAAAAACGUUACUUUGGGUUAUACCAAUAAUGGCCAAUUUUUUCUUCGGUCUCGGCUCCAUGAUAAUAUUCAGCAUGGUAACCACAAUGCUGACAGAAUUUAUGCCCAAUCGAUCGGCCUCCAGCGUUGCCGUGAAUAAUUUCGUGCGCAAUGCCUUCGCAUGUAUUGGAGGCAUCAUCGCCGCUCCAGCCCUUGAGGCUCUCGGGAAUGGCGUGCUAUUCACAAUCAUCGCCUGUGCGGCAUUUUGUGGGGCAUCGGUAAUUUGGGCGAUGAAGCGGUUCGGUCCGCGAUGGCGGAUUGCCAUGGAGGCAAGUAUGAAUUAA